AUGUCGGAAGAGCUUCAUUCCAUCCAGCUUCUUAUUGCCGGGAACGAGCAAGCUGAGCCCUCUCUCCCUUCCGUUUCCGAAGUGGAGGAAAGGGUUCGCACCUACCUUGAGCAGCAUGGCUGGCCAGAGGAAUACGAGUUGGAAUUCCUAUUAGAGCAUUAUGCCCUUCUCGACUGGCUCGCGGUUUCACUUUCUUUCCAUAGGCCUCAGUCAACAAAGAAAAUCAUUAUAUAUGGGCUAAUAAAGCAAGCGAGAAAAUCCAUCCCGGAGAGAGUCCCCCCUUCAUUAUCCGGAUUCGAUCCCCCGCUAAAGGCCUAUCGGUGGCAGGCAGAUCUCCUGUCCUUCUAUUUCGGACCCCGGACGACUUUUUCGGCUUUUAGUCAGUCACCAGACACCGGGCCAGUCAAUCAGGAGAUGUUUAAGGGUGCCAUAGUCAUAGGUCAAAUGGUGGGAAUACUCAGGUCAGGAAUGAAGAUAAGGCUUGAUCGGAUUCCGCAUCACCAAGGAUCAAACUUCCAGCUUCAAGGCUGCUGUGUUAUAGGAAUGGGAAAGGAGUCGAUUCGCCUACAGACGAUUCUCCGAUCUUGGAGUGACUGCGCGCUUCGAUUCGCUCUACUACCAAUUGAUCCAUCAAAGCAGAAGAAGAAAGAGCUUAGAUACCGAUUGAACACACUUCUUGGGACUAGCUGCUUUACUCGUUCGCUCAUUGGCUCGUACUGGAUAGCUAGUUCGUCUCACCUCCUUCGCCCUCUUCGACUCACGUCUCACCUCCUUCGUCCCCUGGCCUACCUUAAUCCCGAGGGAAAAAAACUAUCCCAAAGAAUAGGACUGGGAUGGGAGAGGACGAGCAUUGAAAAAUCAGUCUUGACUGGCUGUCAUCCGGCUGGACGAGAAGAAGAGUUUUCGUUCUUAUUGGUGAGCCCGAAAGAGGGUCAAGCAAGUGCCGUAGUAGAGAGAGAAUCCUUUCUCUUUUCUUACCGGUCUAGUGCGCUAGUGCCCGCCUAUGGUGCUGGACAAAGAAGGAAGCCCUUGACGUCAAGCCUUUCUCGGCAAGCUAGCACAGUAGUCACCAUGUCAAGCCUAAAGCCAGCGGCUGGAUGA